UUUAAGCGAGACAAGAGGCGCCCGCAAAAUUACAACGAAGCCACGUCCCUCUUCACUUUGCAGACCGGAGUGGCAGAGAUGACUUGGGUGGUAGCGGAUCACUCGGCGACGCCGGGCACGCGGGAGCUAAGCGUGACCAAGGGUCAACAAGUCGAAGUGCUCGAGCAGAACGGCAGCGUGACCGGCAGCAAUGGCGAGUGGACGCUGGUGAGGUUGCCGUCGACGCCAGGACAAUCGGAGCCGGCGCCCGAGGGUCUCGUGCCGACCAGCGCGCUCAAGCAGCCGCCGGCCGCCGCGUGCAAAACGUCGCCGUCGAGGAAGCCACCGAGCGGUGCUGCACUGGUCGCCCAGCAGACGUCUGUCAAUCCGGAUGACGAAAUCAUAGGAGCUGACGGAUGCGGCCCUGCAAACACGAGUUCACCUGGCAACAAGAGACGCGGAUUCAGCGGACGUAAGUGGUUACCGCCGCCACUGCGCAAGUUGAGUCAGAGCAAAGUGGACAAGUCAUCAGUAACGUCGGAUCGUCCACCACCACCGCCGCCAUUGCCACCACCAUCGUCGGCGAAGAAGAGCAGCGGCUUGGACAAACUGUUUAAAUUACCAUCGAGCGGUUCGAGCGACAAGUCAUCGGCGGCGACGACGCAUUCAGUGGCAGUGGCGGCAGCGACAUCCAGGCAGAGCAGUUCCGAGGAAACCGCGAACGCACUAUCGAGCGCCGCUGUGACGACGGCCACGACGACAAUCGCAGCGGCGCAUGAGACGAAGGAGAACGGCGCCGAGGACGUCGAGGACGAGCAGCUCGAGUUGCCACCGCCUAUGAAACCCAUUACCGAGCCUAUUCUAGUUGCUGGGCCUCCAGCUCCCGUCGGCGCUAGCGUUGCCAGUGACGAAUUGCCUGGCAAAUUGGUCAGUGAAACGAAGCCGCUCGAGCCGAGCAGUAGCGCAGACAUCGCCGAGAUCGAGCAGAUCGUCAAAGAGCGCAUGGAGCAACACACAGAGAACCGCGAGCGUAUAAGCAGUACGAGCAGUGGCACGAGUAGCAGCACGCAGCAGCAGCCGAGAACUCCAAUAAAGUCAACGUCAUCGUCGGCAACGAUGGCCACAACCACGUCAUCGGAAUCCCCGACGCUGACGGCGUCGCUGUCGACGACGAACGCAUCGGCGGAGAGCGAAGAUCCGCCGACUACAACGGCAGGCGAGCCGGCCGAUCCCGAGGCGACGGCCCUCGCCAAGCGUCAGUUCGUUAUACGCGAGCUCGUUGACACGGAGCGCGACUAUGUCAACGAUCUCCGACAGAUUAUCGAGGGGUACAUGGCACUCAUGAGGGAUCCCAACACUGAUAUUCCCUUGCCGGAGGAUCUCAAAGCCGGCAAGGACAAAAUGGUCUUUGGCAACAUCGAGGCGAUUUACGAGUGGCACCGAGACACGUUUCUGAAAUCCCUGGAGCACUGUCUGGAGAAGCCCGAAGAGUUGGGUCCGUUAUUCAAGCGUUACGAGAGGAAGUUGCACAUGUACGUGGUGUACUGCCAAAACAAACCAGUCUCCGAGUAUAUUGUGUCCGAGCACAUAGACACCUUCGAGGAGCUACGGCAGAAAUUAGGCCACCGAUUGCAGCUGUGCGACCUGCUGAUCAAACCAGUGCAGAGGAUCAUGAAGUAUCAGCUGCUACUGAAGGAGGCACUGAGGCUAACCGAACGCACCCAGCGACAGUCCGAGAUCGAGGGACUUAGGGCGGCUGUUCACGUUAUGAGGGUCAUUCCCAAGGCAGCUAAUGACAUGAUGGACGUUGGUAGGCUGCAGGGCUUUGACGGAAAAAUAACUGCGCAAGGUAAACUGUUACUACACGGUCCGUUAAUGGUCGCUGAGCUCACGUCGCUGCCAAGUCGAGGAAGAGAAUGGCAAGUGUUCCUCUUCGAGCAAAACAUUAUCUUCAGCGAAGCGGUCGGUAAAAAAACGCAAUUCACUAGCCCCGCUUACAUAUACAAGGCUCACAUACAGGUAAACAAAAUGGUCUUGGAGGAUUCGCCGGACGACCCUGAGAAGUUUUUAAUCCGCUCGACGGACCCACGCAAGCCAAAUCUGGGUUUCUUGUGUUACUGUGGUACACCAUCGAGUGAUGAUUCGAGUGGCGGUAGCAGUAGUGGCACAACGCCACCACGCAGACAGGAAUGGGUGGAAACGAUCACUUCAAUCUUGAAGACGCAGCGCGACUUCCUCAAGGCGAUACAGUCGCCAAUAGCCUACCAAAAGGAACUUACCAAAGAUCCACUUCGCGGCACGACGCCGGAACCGUCGUCUUCCCGAACGCUGCAACCGAACAAGGAUUCGCCAUUGAGAAAGCAACAACCGGCACAUCGAUCACGAACGACCGGCACAUUGGAUACCAGUUAUGGUGGCGAUACAUCCCCGAGAACGCCAAGUCCUACCAAAAGCAAACUCAACUUCCUCGAGGGAUUCCGUAACACCUUACGUGCCAGGUCACCAGUGCGCAUCGGCUCCGUACCGGUAGCACCGGGCGCACGAGUACGUUUGGCAGCCGACUGGGGCGCGUUGCGCGCAGGCGACGAGCUGAUAGUGCGUCGCUUGGAAGGCAACGGUUUGGUGGUAACGCACGCGGACAACGCCAAGCAAGAGCACUGGAUACCCGCGAGCCUCAUACCUAAUUCGUCGGUGAGUCGCGCGUGGUCGUUCCGUCCGAGAAAGCUCAACGCCAACAGUGAGACGAACUCGGGAAGCACCAAGUGCCUCGCGCCACCGUACAUCAGCAGUGCGCCUACCCCGAUCAAAGCGAACUCCGGUGAAAUCGCUCGACUUGCCGUCCAAGUCGCCCAGGCCGAAAAUGCAGUAGUGACUUGGCGCCGGGAGGGCCACGACAGAGAUAUCCUGGAGAACGAGAGGCACAGGUUACGACACAGCGCUGGCUUUUUCUAUCUGGAAAUCACAAGGUGCAUUCCUGCCGAUGCCGGGGCCUACUGCUGCAACGUCCAGUGCGAAAAUGGCUCGUGCUCGGCGAGGAUCUACCUCACUGUCACCGGUGGCACAGGCACGACAUGGGCUCGAGUGCUUGACUCCACGCGCAUCGAGGUCGACUGGGAAGGCCACGAAGUGGGCCGCUGUGACGUCGAGUACCGCUCAAUGCCCUCGACGAACUGGACGAUGGCGAUCGAGGACGUGGACGGCCCUCCUGUGAUUCUCGAGCUGCUGCCAGGUGCCAGUUACAGUUUUCGCGCGGUAGGCAAAAAUGGCAGCUUAACGUCCGCCUCGCCUGUCGUCAAUUUGCCGUUGGGCGACGGCACUGCCUGGGAGGCCGAACAGUUUGUCGCGAGGUACCUCGAACUCGACGAGAUCGGCAAAGGAAGGUUCGCCGUUGUGAGACGAGCGAGGGACCGGGGUACCGGGCAAGAGGUGGCUUUGAAGCAAACACCCAGGCAGAAGCAGUCGAGAAGUUUGACCAGGGCUGAGUACGAUCUGUUGGCCUCGACGCAUCAUGGAAAUAUCGUCAGAGCUUUCGCACUGUUCGAGAAUGCACCGCAACUUGGUGUCGACACUAUUGUGCUGGAGCUAGUGCGAGGCCCGACCUUGUUCUCUUAUCUGAGUAAAAAAACCGAGUACACGGAAAGCGCAGCGAGUAAGUUUGCCAAUCAACUGCUGUCGGCUCUUCAAUGGCUGCAUCAGCGUAGCAAAGCUCACCUCGAUCUCAAGCCCGAGAAUGUUUUGGUCGAUCAAGACACGGGUAUAGUCAAACUCAUUGAUCUUGGAGAAGCAGUACGAGGCCCCGUCGAAGAAGUUGUACCUCCGGCGGAUUUGGAGUUUGCUGCACCAGAAUCCGUUCUCGGCAGACCCGGUGGUCCUUUCACUGACAUGUGGGCUGCUGGAGUUUUUAUCUAUGUCUUACUUAGUGGUCUUUCUCCUUUCUUGGAUGACUCGGUCGAAGAGACGACGACAAACAUAUUGAAAUGUGAUUUUUGUUUCCCCGAUGAAUACUUCGAGACGAUAUCAAACGAAGCCAAGGAUUUACUUAGCAGACUGCUUUGCUUGAGGAGCGAAGAUCGAGCAACUGCUGAAGUUUCCUUGGCUUCCACGUGGUUUGAGAUCUCAAAAGGUGCUAUAAUCUCCUCGUCAAGAAUGGUAGCGUUCACGGAGCGAAGAGCGCACUGUUCGAAAUCACAUCGAGAUCAUCGCAAUAGUUACUACACUAAAGUCUCAGUCCUUAGCUAAUUAAACAAGAUGCGAGUCUAUCGAAUAUUUUAUGUGUACAUACAAGACUUAUUUAAAAAGAAUUUUGUAAAUCGAAACACCUACUCCUCUU